AUGGGUUCUCUCGCGACCGCGUUCAAGAACGCAUACCUCAACGGGUCCGGCCCGGAAUUAGCUGCAGUGUUCACACCGAUCGCGCCGUCGGACGAUCGCAAUCGGCUGCGCUCCUUCUACCAGUUUUCCAACGCCGAAUAUAUAUCCAAGGACCUCAGCUACGCUCUCUUUCACGGGAAAAGUCUGAAAUUACCAAAGGCUGAACAGACUGCCUGGGUUGACAUCUUUGUUGUUUACUGGGAAGCUAUAGGCGAAAUACUUCAGUGUGAAGAUCGCCUUCCGGGUGGUAGCGUCGUUACGGUCUUCAAUGCCUGGAAAAAGGUCUCCAAUGCCCUCAUCCGGGGAUACUCGGGCUCUGCCGGCAUCCCGGCUUGGACAUUGCCAUGCUUGUACACAGUCGGGAAAUACUUGCGUGCUUUUGCGAUUAAUGCCGAUCUCGAAGCAGCUUCCCAAGGCUCUGCCGAGUUUGGGUUCCAGGAUGACAUCGCAGCUGAUUUUGAGAAGAACGCAAAUUUGGAGGAGGCUGCUCGGGUAAUCAACCGGAUGUUCACUUUGUGCCUGAGUGAUAGAGCACCCCUUGAAGAGUCUCGCAAGUGGGGUAUCUAUAACAUGACCAAUCUCCUAUUCAAGACAUAUUUCAAGCCUCAUCGGCCGAUCUCCCCCCCUCCCGAAGCUUUCCCCAAAUCUCACAUAGUCACGUUCGAAUACUACGUCGGAGUCAUCCACUUCUUGGAUGAGAAUUACACUGAGGCCGAAGAACACCUGACAUGGGCCUGGAAGAUGUGCCAUCGAGAUGCAAUCAAGAAUCGAGAAUUGAUUCUCACUUACCUUAUUCCCUGUCACCUCGUUACCACACACACGCUCCCCACCAAGGAGCUUCUCGCGCCAUUCCCGCGGCUUGAGAGCCUGUUCCGGCCGCUGUCGAACUGCAUCCGAAAGGGUGACUUGGUUGGAUUCGACCAGGCUAUGUCUGCCGGCGAGGAAGAGUUUGUAAAGAGACGUAUCUACCUGCCGUUGGAACGUGGACGUGACAUUGCCUUACGCAAUCUAUUCCGAAAGGUUUUCCUCGCUGGUGGUUUCGACGAACCCAAGGAAGGUCAAAAUGCAGUUCGGCGUACCCGUGUCCAUGUGAAUGAAUUCGCGGCAGCUCUCCGUGUGGGUACUCCCACAAGUGGUCGAUCGCGCAUCGACAUCGAUGAGGUGGAGUGUUUACUCUCCAACCUCAUCUAUAAGGGACUCAUGAAAGGAUACAUUGCACGGGAUCGGGGCAUCGUCGUCCUGAGCAAGGGAGGCGCUUUCCCGGGCACAGGUGUCUAA